AUGGAGAAGUUCCUGGCCAAGCAGGCUGCCUCGAAGGCUGCCACUGGAGCCAAUGCUGAUGCUGCCGCCGCCACUGAGGCCGCCGCCGCUCCCACAAAGAAGGAUAAGAAGGUCAAGGAGCCCCGCUCGGCGCCCGAGGCUAGCAAGGCUGCUUUCGUCGCCACCCCCAAGGGAGAGAAGAAGGACAUGUCCCAGCCCAUGGCCGACAGCUACGAGCCCGAUGUCGUCGAGGCCUCCUGGUACGAUUGGUGGGAGAACCAGGGCUUCUUCGACCCGCAGACCGGCCCCAACGGCGAGAUCAGCCCCAAGGGCCAGUUCGUCAUCGCCUCUCCGCCACCCAACGUCACUGGCAAGCUGCACAUUGGUCAUGCAAUGACCAUUGCCAUCCAGGACUCACUUGUCCGUUGGAACAGAAUGCGUGGCCUCACUACGCUCUUUAUCCCCGGAAGCGACCACGCCGGAAUCUCCACGCAGGUUGUCGUCGAGCAGCAGCUUCGGAAACAGGAGGGCCUGUCCCGCCACGAUCUCGGCCGUGAGGCCUUUGUCGACAAGGUGUGGGAUUGGAAGAACGAGUACGGAAACAUCAUUAUGUCCCAGGUCAGGCGCCUCGGUACUUCGUAUGACUGGAACCGCGAGCGCUUCACCCUCGACGAGAUGAUGUCGCGCGCCACUUUCGAGACAUUUGUGCGUCUCUACGAUGACGGUAUCAUCUACCGCUCCAACCGUCUGGUCAACUGGUGCCAUGCGCUCAACACCACGCUCUCCAACUUGGAGGUUGAGAACUUGGAAAUCCCCGGCCGCACGCUGAUGAGCGUUCCCGGCUACCCUGCCAAGGAGAAGUUUGAGUUUGGUGUGCUGGUUCACUUUGCUUAUCAGGUUGAGAACUCGGAUGAGCGCAUUGUCGUUGCCACCACGCGUAUUGAGACCAUGCUCGGAGACUCGGCUAUCGCCGUGCACCCUGAGGACCCGCGCUACACGCACCUGCACGGCAAGUUUGUCGUCCACCCGUUCCUCGAUCGCCGCAUUCCCAUUAUCGCCGACCCUGUGAGCGUCGAUAUGGCGUUCGGAACCGGUGCUGUGAAGAUCACCCCGGCCCACGACAACAAAGACUACGAGAUGGGCAAGCGCCACAACCUCAAUUUCAUCAACCUGCUCAACGAGGACGGCACUUACAACGACAACGCUGGGCCCUACGCCGGUAUGCUGCGCUUCCACGUGCGCAGGCAGAUCGUCGAGGAUCUCAAGGCCAAGGGUCUCUACGUCGACACCACCAACAACCCCAUGGUCGUGCCCAUUUGCAUCAAGUCCAAGGAUAUCAUCGAGCCCAUGAUCAAGCCCCAGUGGUGGGUCAAGAGCAAGACCCUUGCCGAUCCCGCCAUCGAGGCCGCGCGCGAUGGCCGCCUCGAGAUCAUACCUCAGUCGUCCGAGAAGGAGUGGUACCACUGGCUGGAAAACAUCCACGACUGGUGUAUCUCGCGCCAGCUGUGGUGGGGCCACCGCAUCCCCGCGUACUUUGUGCGCAUCGCUGGUCAGAACAACGACCCGCUGGACCAAGAGUUCUGGGUUGUUGGGCGUGACAAGGCUGAGGCCCAGAGACGCGCCGCUGAAAAGUUCCCUGGCAUUGACCUAGUGCUGGAGCAGGACCCCGAUGUUCUGGACACCUGGUUCUCGUCCGGCCUGUGGCCGUUUGCUGUGCUCGGAUGGCCCGAGAACACCGAUGACUUUAAGAAGUACUACCCGACUAGUCUUCUCGAGACUGGCUCCGACAUUAUCUUCUUCUGGGUUGCGCGCAUGGUCAUGCUCGGCAUGUACCUCACUGGCGAAGUCCCCUUCCCCAAGGUCUACUGCCACGCAAUGGUCCGCGAUGCACAGGGCCGCAAGAUGUCAAAGUCGCUCGGUAAUGUCCUCGACCCCAUCGAUGUCAUCAAGGGCAUUUCCCUCGAGAGUUUGCACGCCAAGCUUAUGACCGGCAACCUUGACUCGCGCGAGGUCGAGUUGGCCAAAAAGGGCCAGACCCAGGACUUCCCCAAUGGCAUCCCCGAGUGCGGCUCAGAUGCCUUGCGCUUUACACUUUGCGCGUACACAUCUGCUGGACGUGAUGUCAACCUCAACAUCAUGCGCGUCGACGGCUACCGCAAGUUCUGCAACAAGCUGUGGAAUGCCACUCGCUUUGCGCUCAUGAAGCUGGGCGAGGACUUUGUUCCUUCCGCCGAGGCUACCCUGACUGGCAACGAGUCCUUGGCUGAACGCUGGAUCCUGCAGCGCAUCAACGCUACCGCGCGCGAUGUCAACCCCGCCCUGGCCGAGAUGAACUUUAUGGUUGCCACCACUGCUGUGCACAGUUUCUGGCUUUACGAUCUGUGCGACGUCUACAUUGAGUACAUCAAGCCUAUCACUAUGCCUAACGCCGACCCUGUGUCCCGCAACUCGGCGCUGCAGACCCUGUACACUUGCCUCGACCAGGGCCUCAAGAUGCUCCACCCCUUCAUGCCGUACGUCACCGAGGAGCUGUGGCAGCGCUUGCCGCGUCGCGCCAGCGAGACCAGUCCCACAAUCUCUCUGGCCACUUACCCGGAGAUCCGCGAAGACUACGACAACAGCCAGGUUGUCUCCGAGUUCGAGCUUGCUAUGAGCAUUGCCAAGGCUGGCCGCUCGCUCACCGCCAGCUACAACGUUCUGUCCAAGUCCAAGUUCUACGUCAGCAAUGCCAACACCUCCAGCUUUGCGCUCACCUCAUCCCAGGCCGACGGCAUUGCCACGAUGAUCAAGGGCUGCCAGAGUAUCGUUGCAUUGAAGCCUGGAGAGGCCGUGCCUGCCGGAUGUGCUGUUUUCUCGGUCAACGACGAAGUUGCCAUGCACCUUCUUGUCCGCGGCAGUGUUGACAUUGAACAGGAGGUUGCGAAGCUUGGAAAGAAGAUUGCCAAGACUACUAAGCUGAAGGACAGCCUGACCGCUAAAGUCAGCAUCCCCAAGUAUGAGGAGACUGUCCCUGAGGAAGUCCGCGAGUCUAACUCUGCCAAGCUCAGCAACUAUGAUGCCGAGAUUGAUGCUCUUCAGGCGGCUAUCAAGACCUUCCUCACACUCGAGGGCGCCGAGUAA